UCUUAAACGUUGGCAAGAUUCAUAUAUAAAAGGAAAAGGAGGAAGGGUCGAUUACUCCCAAAACCCUUUUGAUCGUCACUUUCGUUCUUCAACAAUGGUAUUGGAGGUGUGUGUUAAGGCUGCUGUCGGUGCUCCUGAAGUACUUGGAGACUGUCCUUUUAGCCAGAGGGUACUUCUCACCUUGGAAGAGAAGAAAGUUCCCUAUAAGAUUCAUCUCAUCGAUGUCGCAGAGAAACCUCAAUGGUUUCUGGAGACUAACCCAGAAGGGAAAGUGCCGGUGAUCAAAAUUGAUGAUCAGUGGAUUCCUGAUUCUGAUGUUAUCGUUGGAAUUGUGGAGGAAAAACACCCUGAUCCUCCUCUAGCUCAUCAUCCAGAGGUUUCCACUGUUGGUUCCAAGAUAUUCCCUGCUUUUGUGAGCUUCUUAAAGAGUAAGGAUUCUAAUGAUGGGACAGAGCAAACUUUGCUAAAUGAGCUGAAGACUUUGGAUGAACAUCUGAAAGCUAAGGGACCAUAUGUUAAUGGAGAAAACAUUUGUGCUGUCGAUUUGAGUCUGGCGCCCAAACUUUACCAUCUCCAGGUUGCUCUCGGUCAUUUCAAGGGUUGGAAAAUCCCCGAAGAGUUUACUCAUCUCAACAAUUACAUUAAGUUGCUCUUCUCUAGGGAGUCCUUCGAGAAGACUAAGCCUAUUGCUGAAGAACACGUGAUUGCUGGAUGGGCGCCAAAGGUUAACCCUUCUACAUAAUUUCCCCGGUUUAAGCAAGUAUUUGAAUAAUGAUUUGAACCUUUUAAGGAGCUGUUGCAAAUUCAACUCUAUUAAUUAGUAUAUGCAUGAGACAAAUUGCAUGAGUUUGAGAAAUUAUUGGUAUUUGCUCAUAAGUGA